GAUAAACUUCAAAUUAAAAAUUAAUAAUUUGAUCCGUUGAUUCAGCAAAUCAUCUUUAUUUACAAAUUAUAAUAGAAAAUCCAUAUUUAAGUGUUGAACAAUUGAAAUAUAUUAAGUGUGUUUCUAAUCGUUUAGUAUUAUGGAAAGUAACAUACAGAUUUUAUUGAUGAUAUUAGUGUUUGUAGUGAAUACAGAUUACACCUUCUCAGUCAAAUGUUAUAGGUGUAAUUUGUGUCCGGUUCCAAUGGAUUAUUCAUCCCCUUUAGUGACAGUUAGUUCUUGUAAGUGGUGUGCUUCGCUUACAAUUGGUAGUCCACAUUUAACAAUAAAAGGAUGCUCAGAUAGCUGUAGUUCGGAUAGUUUUCUAAAGAAAUAUGUCCGUUUCAAUUAUACCUGUUGUGGUAAGAACUUUUGUAAUAUCAGCUCAAAAGCUCAUCUGACUAAUCAAAUCCUAUUUUUACCUGUAAUGAUUAUUUGUUUUUAUCUUAAUGCUAAAAAAUAAAACGAAAAGACUUCAAAUACACUCGUUAAGUUCUUGUUCAG